UCCCCAUAUAUAAUCCCCCACCCAACCGCCGCCUCUAAUCGCCAGUUCUUAAUCUCAGUUUGGGGAAAAAAAAGCCUCGCGGGUCGCAAACCACUCUGCGCUGAUUUGGGAGGCCCUCGAGGUAAACCAGACCUUAGUGACACAUGGCUCGUACUAAGCAAACUGCUCGCAAGUCCACUGGAGGAAAGGCUCCUAGGAAGCAACUAGCCACCAAGGCUGCUCGUAAGUCUGCGCCCACAACUGGGGGAGUGAAGAAGCCUCACCGUUACCGCCCUGGGACUGUUGCUCUUCGUGAAAUCCGCAAGUACCAGAAGAGCACUGACCUGCUCAUAAGGAAGCUUCCAUUCCAGAGGCUGGUUAGGGAGAUCGCCCAGGAUUUCAAGACUGAUCUGCGUUUCCAGAGCCAUGCUGUGCUUGCCCUGCAGGAGGCUGCGGAAGCAUACCUGGUGGGUCUGUUCGAGGACACCAACUUGUGCGCCAUCCACGCCAAGCGCGUGACCAUCAUGCCCAAGGACAUUCAACUGGCUAGGAGGAUUCGCGGCGAGAGGGCUUAGUUUCACUGCUCUGGUGUGCAUCUGUUCGAUGCAACUGCUUUUGUGAUGUUGGUGCUUAACAUCUGUUGGUGUUUUGAACUCUGAAUAGUUAUAGUGCUCGUUCGUGGUGCUAGGUUAGGUGGUGUUGCAAUCUUACUAUGUUUAGAGUUUAAUCGUUUGUUACCUAAUUCAUCUUAUAAGUGCUGGUUUCAUCCAUCUACCUGAUGGGUGUGUAUCUAGGCUCAUCUGAAUUCUGAAAACUUGAAUUGAUAUGUUAAGCAAGUUGUGAACUU